CCACCAGCGCACGCUCCUUAAAACACACUGUCCUCCGCUGCUGUCCCGUCCCGGCCCCUGGAGGAAGAGAAAGCAGCAGCAGCAGCCAGAACCAGGUCCGCGCCGCGGCACCAUCCCUGCUGCCUCUCGCCUGCACAGUAACAUGGUUUGCAGGGUUCGGCUGCUGUAGCCAAGGGCCACUUCACUCAGUCACUCAGCCGGUGUGUGUUUGUGUGGGUGUGUGUGUGUGCGUGCGUGCGUGUAGAUGUGUGUGAGAGUGCAGUAAAGGAGCACACACACAGCAGCAAACCAGACGGACACAUCCAGCAGCGCGAUUCUCCCCGAGCUCCAGGAGGAGACGCGUCCAGAGCGAGCACCGCAUCCCCUGCAUCUGUUCCCCGGCUGUCCUGCACACCAGCCCCGCUGAACCGGAGAAGGGCUUCUACCCCUCCAUCAUCCCCGGCUGCACCACCGACACUACCUCGGCUCCAUCGGGUGUGAAAAGUGGACUGGCCAGAGCUGUAGUUGCUGCUGUCGUCAAGGAAACCGAGAGUCCUGUCCUGUUACCAUGGGUAAACAGAACAGCAAGCUACGGCCAGAGAUGCUGCAGGACCUCCGGGAGAAUACCGAGUUCUCCGACCACGAGUUGCAGGAGUGGUACAAGGGUUUCUUGAAGGACUGCCCCAGCGGAACCCUGAAUGUUGAGGAGUUCAAGAAGAUUUAUGCCAAUUUCUUCCCCUACGGUGACGCCUCCAAGUUCGCUGAGCACGUCUUCCGAACCUUUGACACCAACAAUGAUGGGACGAUAGACUUCCGGGAGUUCAUCAUCGCGCUGAGCGUGACGUCACGGGGCAAGUUGGAGCAGAAGCUGAAAUGGGCGUUCAGCAUGUACGACCUGGACGGAAACGGGUACAUCAGCCGCGACGAGAUGCUGGAGAUUGUACAGGCCAUCUACAAGAUGGUGUCAUCUGUGAUGAAGAUGCCAGAGGAUGAAUCCACGCCCGAGAAGAGGACGGAUAAGAUCUUCAGACAAAUGGACCUCAAUAAUGAUGGCAAACUGUCCCUGGAGGAGUUUAUCAAAGGUGCCAAAAGCGACCCCUCCAUCGUGCGGCUACUCCAGUGCGACCCCAGCUCGGCCUCCCAGUUCUGAACUCCCGCCCUGGCUGCGCCCCCCCCCUCCCUUUCCUCCUCACUUCCUCUCUGUUGCUACUGAACCAGUCACAAAAGAAAAUCAAUGCAUGAUGGUUCUCAUCUCUCAUAUCAACUUAUAUUUUUUUAUGUUGUUGUGUGCAAGGAUAGAGGAGGAAUUUUAAAGAGGAUAAGGAAAGUCAUCACUGUCGUUUUACUUUAAUUUUUAUAUUUGGGGAAGAUUCUAUGUCUCUCUCUCUCUCUCUCUCUCUCUCUCGUUUCCUCCUCCACAACACGUGUAUAUCAUGUACAUACUGUAUGUCUAUGUAUAUCAUAAGAUGAAGUACAUUUGUCUUCACACUCCGGCAUUGAAAGGCAGUAUUAUGUAGCGUAGCUUCCUGGUCUGAUCUGAAUGGGUUGUAGGGAGUUCAAGGUGGGUGGGUGGGGUUAUUGGGAUUUUACUGCUAUAUGAUGUUUCGCUGAGAAAAAGAAGGCCUAAGAUCCCAUUAGGUUUUUAUUAAAUAUCUACUGGCUUAUUAUUGAUUUUUAAAUUUCAAAUGUUUUUGUUUUUCAUCUGUACAUAUGAUUUUUCUCCAUGUUGUUUUAUUUAUUCAUUUAUAUUCUUAUCAUCGUGCUUUUACUUUGAUAAGUUGUUAAAGAUGUUGCAGUUUACAGUGACAGAAGGAGAACAUGUCCGCUGAGGUCGAACUCUUUGGGAUUUUGGUGGUUGUGGGAGAUUACGCAAAUCUUGUGAAAUAAGAUAAAGUCCCAUGAUGCAUUUGAUCAACGACACCAGUAGCACAUAUCGUUUGAGCCGCCAUGUCUUUGUAAAAGUGUGGCCGCGCAUUUAGGUCCGAAUGUGUGUGUGUGCAUGUGAAUUUUGCGCGGUAUGCUUGAAGCUAACUUUUACAGUAUUACCAUGUCGUGCUGUUUCCUAAUCUGUAAGUAUUUUAAAGUUCUUUAUCGACGAGCAGUAAACUUGAAGAGUCCCAAUCCGUCACUACACUGCAUGUUCCUGCGAUCUAGACGACGACAAGAAUACACGAAACCAGUUCAGGCACAGUGGUAUCCUUUUGUAGCUCUGCAGCGUCCUCAGCAGCGUACCAGACGUACCAGACUGACUAUUUGUCUCGCUCCGGGACAAACCCUGACCCCCCCAACCCCCUCCUCUCUCUUUCCCUUUUCCUCUGACAGACUGGAAAGUUCACUAAGGGCUCGUUCAUCACUCUCUAGUUGAAUGCUUUUAUAACCUGGAUCAGUGCGCUCACGCAGCGGUAACAUAGAGGGACAGGUGUCAUGAGACGGGAGCGAGCUCACGUACUGGCUCUGGUUUGGAUUUUUUAGGGUCUUAUCCGACUUGUGCAGUAGUAACCUGACAGAAACCAGUGGCUGUGUUUAUACAAGCACUAAUCGACAUCUUUAAAAUAUAAUAUGAUAUUCUCACAUUUUUAUUUUACAUAAGCUGUGACCUAAUUCAGGGGCUGCGUCCUUCGGAGGAGGCAGUCUAUGUAGACCACCAAGGCCGCACCAAGAGGAGACGGUCUUGUCUACAGAGGCUUUCUGUGAUCGGCGUCACCAGCGUUUGCGUACUAACAGAGCUGAAGUUUGACAUGCCAAGAAAGUGCCCCUUGUUUUUUCCACACAUGCACCUUUAGCUGCUCAGUUGAGUUGAAGCAUCAUACUCAAGCAUUGUGUGUCUCGUCACUUUCUGGUGCCCUUACCUCUCGGAAAAGAAGGUUCUUCACUAAAGCUCAAUGAAUCCUGGGAUAGGCGCGAUGUAACCCCCCUUGGAGCGAUCGUUUCUCUGGGAUGGAAGGAUGCAAUUGGAGGACGCCUUCAAAAUGGGACAGUAUAGUCUUCAAAUGCAGCCUCCGGGGGAUGCAGCUCCUAAAUGGAGACACAGAGAAAGUGAAGAGCUCGGAGACACGGCAUCAAAUCAGUCUCUCUGAUUGAAUAAAGUAUUUUCAACUGCGUGAGAUUAGAGUUUUAAAACAAAGCCUCGACUGAACAAAACAUGUCUCACAAUCCAACACCUCCAUCCUAAAUACUGUGCACAUGUAAACAGAGCCACUGGUUGCAGCGAUGCCAGCACCUCUCUCAUGUUUAAGUCAUGUAAGGCCCACGUUGCCGGAUCUCUGUUGCCACCUUCUGUUUUUGGAAAUAAAACACACUAUAAAUUCUGUCGUGACACAUGUAACCAUUGGCCAAACUGGGAAAAAAAACACAGAUUGGAGCAAAAAUACUAUUUUCAAUGGAUCAUGUUUCUUAGCCAGAUAUGAUCCACAACAAAAGCACCAGUGGAUGCUUUAUAUUGUUUGGAUAUUUAAUAUUGUUAUGAUAAUGGCAUUUCUUUAUUCUUGACGGACACGGAUACUAUAUGUGUAUUUGUGGUACAAACAUUGGACUUUUUUUACUUUAACUUUAAUUUAUCAAGUAUAGUUACUUUUUUAGAUUAGGGAAUUUACACACAAACAUAGGAUUAGUUUAAUAUUAUCUAUUGCUUUCGAUCAAAGUACUGAAAAGUUGUAAAAGUAGUAGCAGUUAAAAAUAGUUCCAACUUUACUAACAACAUUAAAGAACUGCUUAUUAAUGCAUCAAUAAUAAUGAUCCAAUAAUGUGAAAUUAUAACACUGACUAGGUAUUUUGCGUAAUGAGUAGCUUUUGUCCUGAAACUUUUAAGUAGGCUAAGGUUUUAGCACCGAUAUUUCAGUAUAGUAAUCUAUAACAAAAUGGUCUGAAUACUUCUUCCAACAGUGCUAAUUAACAUUCUUUAAUUUGACCAUGAAUAUUCCCUCGCUUCAGAGAAAACUGGACAAGGUCUCAGUUUUCAUUUCUUAAUUUUAUUCUUCUGAUUUUAGGAAAUCCUUUUCAAAGUGGACACUGAAAUGUUCCAUUAAAACCCAGACUAAUGAAAUAAUGUUAUCUGUGUGAGAAGCUUCAUAAAGCAGGAUGGGCUUCAGUUCACACAUUGUGGAAAAUGUGCAGAGUGAAACUGCUCAUUACACUUGGAUGAUUUCUCUGUCUGCCGUCGGAGAGAAAGGAAAUAACCUUUUUGUUCACUGGUCAGAAACGACGCUCGGUCAAAACAGAUUCAAUUAUGGGGAAAAAAGUCCAUUAUCAGCCUGAUUGGGAUUUAGUUUUUGUGUUACUACCUCACACACUGGAAUGUGUGUAGUGGUGGCCCGAGUGAACAACUACUGCAGAGCCUGAGAGCUGUGCUGGUGCAGCCACAUCCACAUGACAUGACACUGAUCCAAGGUUAACUUGAACCAAAAGUUUGCACGGGAGCUUCCCGAACCAGCCGCACCUCUGCUUUGGGGGGGAAUCCUAUAGUGUCACUGCCUUCUGCUGGUAGGAUAAGGAACAACAGUUGCUGCCCCAACACCAACCUAUCACAGCUCUGCCCUUUUUCUAUUCUCACUGCCUCUGACAAACUGGUACCUUGUGUUGGAUAAAUAUGGCCCCUCUCCUCCUUUCUACCUUCCCUGACCCCUCUUUCCCCCCCUUCCCUUUUUUUCGGUUGCAUGAAAACCUCACGUGAGGAUGUCAUGUUUGUUCCGUUGGACCUGAAAUCGAAAUAAAUAUGUGUUUCAAAGCUG